CAACAUUUAUUGGAUACCAACCGCUGUUAAUCCUCAUCGAAGAAGAAGAGUUUGGCUCUGCCCACCUCCUUGCUUGUUCUGCCCACUAGGAUUCAGGCUCGGGUCUAUCUUGGGUUAGUUGUUAAGCUCUUUGACCGCAUCUUAUGGUGCUAGUACGUUAGGUUACUUGGUAUCAGUAGCUUCAUUAGGCCUGAAUCACUCGCGAUAGGCUACGACGACCAAGAAUGAACAGGAAUUGUCUCUGACAUCUGACGAGGCCUGGGCUGGCUCUCAUCACUGAACUGUUGGCGCUACUGGGCAGAAUCUCCAGCCAUAACUUUGGAUAUCGUUAGCAGAUAGCUAGAAGACAUCGAAUUCAACCUUUCCAAGUUCGACAUUGUUGAUUUGAUGCCCCCGUCGUUCUGACAGACAGAGCCGCCAAUAUGAUGCCGAUGAUCCUGACAGUGUACCUAAGUGAUGGGGAACAGGCACUGACCGAGGUGCCCAUCACCCCUGAGACAUCGUGCCGUGACGUGGUCGAGUUCUGCAAGGAGCCUGGCGAGAGCGGCUGCCACCUUGCCGAAGUGUGGCGAGGCAACGAACGAGCAAUCCCCUUUGAGCACAUGAUGUUUGAGCACCUGCAGAAGUGGGGACCCCGAAAACAAGAGGUCAAGUUCUUUCUCCGGCACGAGGACUCGCCCACCGAAAGCAGUGAUCAAGGGAGCCAGCAAUCUCAAGAGCAGGCCAACCGUAGAAGUGGAGAAAAGCACAAUGAGAAUGGGGUGGGGAACCCCCGCGUGGAGCUCACGCUCUCAGAGCUGCAGGAGAUGGCCACACGGCAACAGCAGCAGAUCGAGGCCCAGCAACAGAUGCUUGUUGCCAAGGAGCAGCGUCUGCGCUACCUGAAGCAGCAGGAGCGGCGGCAGCAGCAGUCGGUGUCUGAGAGCGAGAAGCUGCAGAGGCUCAAGGAGCGCGUGGAGAGCCAGGAGGCCAAGCUUAAGAAGAUCCGCGCCAUGAGGGGCCAGGUGGACUACAGCAAAGUCAUCAACGGCAACCUGUCGGCAGAGAUUGAGCAGGUGAGUGGGCUGUUCCAGGAAAAGCAGGUGGAGCUGCAAUCAGCUGUGUUGCGGGUGGAGCAGCUGAGUCUGCAGCUAGAGGACCUGCGGCGGGGAAAGCUCAACGGCCUGCAGUCCGCGCUGGGAGGACAGGUCACCAGCACUGCAGCCCUGGAGCUGCGCAAACUCUACCAGGAGCUGCAGAUCCGGAACAAGCUGAACCAGGAUCAGAACAGCAAGCUGCAGCAGCAAAAGGAUCUGCUCAACAAACGCAACAUGGAGGUGACCCUCAUGGACAAGCGCAUCGGCGAGCUGCGGGAGCGCCUCUAUAAGAAAAAAGCUGAGGCACGUCAAAAAGAGAACUUACCUCUAAACAAGACCAACGGGCCUCCCUCUCCCCAGCCGGCCCCAGGGACUCUGGGCCGGGUGGCAGCCGUGGGCCCCUAUAUUCAGGUCCCUCUGCCGGGUAGACAAGAGGGAGGCUACACUGGACCCCCCGAACCUAUGAAACCCCAGACGCUGGGUGUCAACGUCCCAGCCAAUCAUGCCCGCUCCAAAUCAGGGGCGGACACAGUGCGAAAGCCCCUCGGCCCGUGGAAGGUGUCUGAUUUAGACAUCGUGGUGGACCCACUGCCCCCUUCCCCUCCAGAGGCGCGCUCGGGUGGCUCGGACGGCAUGUCCCCUAAUGAUGCUGGCUGGCCCACCCUUGGCAAGGGCAAUGCCUCUCUCAAGCCCCCCGACUGGCCAGAGUCUGGGCCGGACACACAGGGAAAGAUUCCCCCUCUGGGCUCCCCUGCUGCUACCACAGCAGACAAGGUGCUGGACUCCAACAAGAUGACUAUCUCCUCCCCGGUGGCCCCUUCCAAGCCCCAGCCCCCUCCCUACGGCUCCCAUCUAACUUCUGCCGGCUCCACCAGUUCUCUGGACCGCCGGCCAGGCCAGCUCCCCGGCCCUGUCUGGCCCCGUGUUCCCCCCUCCACCGGCUCCUCCUCCCAGCAGAUCCAGCAGCGCAUAUCAGUGCCCCCCAGCCCGACCUUCCAGCCCAACUCACCUCUCUUCCCACCGGGUCUUCCCGGGGAUCGGCCUGACCCUGUCCUGGCCAUUGCGGUGCGCCCCUUCGUCCCAGACAGAGGCUCCCGGCCCCAGUCGCCACGCAAGGGCCCGGCCACCAUGAACUCCAGCUCCAUCUACCACAUGUACCUCCAGCAGGCGGCGCCCAAGAGCUACCCGCUCAAGCCUGCGCUCAAAGCAGUGUAUGGGAAGCCCGUUCUCCCCUCCGGCUCCACGCCGCCCUCCCCCCUGCCCUUUAUGCUGACAGGGGGGCCCUUCCCCGGGCUCCAGGGGCCGGCCGGUGAGGACACUGGGGACAGAGAGGGCCCUGACAUAGACGGGGCCCCGGAUACCCCCCCGCCCAAUGUGGAGAAUAUCCCGCGACCCCUCAGCCCCACCAAGCUCACCCCCAUGGCCCACUCACCCCUUCGCUACCAAAGCGACGCCGACCUGGAAAUGCUUCGCAAGAAGCUGGCGAACGCCCCGCGGCCCCUCAAGAAGCGAAGCUCCAUCACUGAGCCAGAGGGCCCAGCCGGGCCCAACAUCCAGAAGCUGCUCUACCAGCGCUUCAAUACCCUGGCUGGUGGCAUGGAGGGUGGUGUUGCUGGAGCAGGGGGAGUCAGGGCGGGCGGCACGCCAUUUUACCAGCCCGCCAACCCACCCGACUACCCCGGUGACUCGUUGGCAGACGCCGACAACGGGAACCCGCCAUGUGAGGACUCACUCCCUCCCCCACCACCAGCCGUGGCAGAGGGGUCGUCCUCAGAGCCCCUGCCGCCGCCUGACGCCAAUGACAACAAGCUGCUGCCCCCACCACCGGCCCCCGAGGUGAUCAGCCCCCCUGCCCCGGAGGCCUCGGAGGAUACCAACAACAAUAACCUAGGGGGAGUCUCGGUGGCCACCCUGCCUAGCCCUGUGCCUGAGGUCAGCUCUCCAGAGGAGGUUGCCACCACCCCCUCACAGCAAGUGGAGAAGCGAACUAACCUGAAGAAGCCCAACUCGGAGCGGACGGGUCACGGCCUGAGGGUGAAGUUCAACCCCCUGGCGCUGCUGCUGGAUGCCUCACUGGAGGGCGAGUUUGACCUGGUGCAGAGGAUUAUCUACGAGGUGAAGAACCCCAGCACGGCCAACGACGAGGGCAUAACCCCGCUACACAACGCAGUGUGCGCCGGACACCACCACAUUGUCAAGUUCCUGCUUGACUUCGGAGUAAACGUCAACGCUGCCGACAGCGACGGCUGGACACCCCUGCACUGUGCAGCCUCCUGUAACAGCGUUCACCUGUGCAAGUUACUGGUGGAGUCAGGGGCGGCUAUCUUCGCCAGCACCAUCAGCGACGUGGAGACGGCGGCAGACAAGUGUGAAGAGAUGGAGGAGGGCUACAUCCAGUGCUCUCAGUUUCUGUACGGUGUCCAGGAAAAGCUGGGCGUGAUGAACAAGGGGGCGGUGUAUGCGCUGUGGGAGUACGAGGCCCAGAGCCCAGAUGAGCUUUCUUUCGGCGAGGGCGACGCCAUUACCAUCCUGCGGCGGCAAGACGACAGUGAGACCGAGUGGUGGUGGGGCCGCCUGGACCACAGGGAGGGUUAUGUACCCCGCAACCUGCUGGGGCUCUACCCCAGGAUAAAACCUCGUCAGCGCUCCCUGGCUUAGCCCCUCUGCCUCUUCCUUGGGUGAAAAACUGGACUACAGGCAGGCGUGGCCGAAGACUGGCGGAGUGGGGAGGCCUGGUGCUCCCCUACUGCCACAGUUUCCCCCUCCUCCCUGUAACCCUGGCUAUGGGACACCGGACAGUGUUCAACACUGACACACACACACACAGACCCCAGAAAAGACAGGAUCCCUCUACUACCCCUUUUCGAUCGACCAAACUCCACUCUGCUCUCUCACUAUCUCCUUUCAGCUUUAUUUAAAUCUGUGUGUGUGUGUGUGAGAGAGAGAAAAGCUGGCGCACAAGGCUCAGUGGAGAAUCAAGCACUAACCAGUAGUGUUUUUUUUGGACACCGCUCAGUUAUACAGCGGACAGGACAUUCACCCCUAGUGCUUACCUCUGACGGUUGAUGAUGUGUGUGUGUUUGGAGAGGGUAAUGUGUGAGUGUGUUUUGUGGUUUCUGUGUGUGUGUGAAUAGUUUAGAGGGCCUUGUGUGUUUGGAAAGUGUGUGGGUUUAAGGACUAGAGAGAGGGUGCUUGUAUGUGUACAAUAAGUGUGUGUGACAUGUGGAUGGUGUAUGUGUACCAGUGUUAAUUUAGUCAAUAACUAUGACAAAAUAGUCAAGCUAUUUUUCCUGAUGAAAACUAAUGAUGAUAGCGAGAUGCCAUGAAAAAAACAAUAACUAACCAUUUAGUUGACGAAAACGUGACUAAUGAACGUGUGACUAAUGAACAUUCAAUUUGACAUGAAGCUCCCUUUAGUCUGUUUUGUCCAAUCAUAAGCAUGCAUGCCUUUGCAGAAUAUUGAAUGCAAUCCUCUCAUUGGCUAAAUUAACGUCUUUCAGUUGCAGAGUCUGAUUGAGCUGAUCUGCCCGGCUCUCCCUCAUAGCUCCCGGCGGUCACUUCUGUAUCUUUUGAACUGAUGCUCAGGACACUUCAAUUGUAACUAACCUAAACUAGAAACAAUGUUGGCUAUUUUUGCUUUGAUCAGAUCAGAAACGAUUUUCCCAUGUGUGCUACUAUUCAUCUGUGUUACUGUUCUCACGGCCCACUAAUACGAGUGCAGUUUUUUAAAUUGAAAAUAUGAAUGCCAUUUGCUUAAUAUUAGGAGUACAGUAAUAUUUCGGGCAUUGUUGGAAAUCUCAGAUUCUCCCCCUUCAAGGGAGUCAAUGUUAUUUAUCCCCAUCCCAAUUUAUGAUGGGAGAAAGAGCUGAAUGCCUAAAUUGUUUCAUCUGUAGCCAAGGCUUUAUAGCCUGUAUGGUAAAUCAUGGCUGGAUUUGGUUACAAUCUGCCAGCUAUAUGAGGUGUCCAACUAGGCCUACUAUCUGAAUGUGCACAUGACUGAAAGGUUAUGAAUGAUGAGGAGUUUAACAGGUCAAGAAUUUGUGUUUGCUGUGAAGAGGGGUGACAGUUUGAGGUCUGUACAAGGGUGUGCCAGAUAUUCUGAAUGUUAUGUACAAUCAUAACAGGGAUUUUGAAUUUCCCUCUAUCGAUAUGAACAAAGAGUACCUAUAUCAAUUCUGUAGGUCGCUUGCUAAGUAGCUUCCAAAUAAGCCGGAAUUUUAACUGUCCUAACUUACUUUUCCAUCAUAGCUUCUUUCCCUUCUCAAAUGAUAGGGAUUAUUUAGGGAUUUGACACUGCCCUUCCGCAUUACAAAACAAAAAGGCCUUAUUUUUUUUAACUUAUGGAAAAUAACCUAUUUCUCAACAUAUGUUCCUGGAUUUUAGUCCCAGGUAAAGCACUCUUCGUUAGUGAAGUGUAUUGGAUUAUUGAAAUUUCCCAAACAAGAGAGAACAUUUUUUUAAUCUUCUCACGGAAUGAAGCACUCAUCCCCUAAUUUUCUUGCGCCGUCAGGGCCAUGCUAUCAUAACAUACCCUUUUUAACGAUUUACAAUUUGUCACGUUAAGUGCCCUGCUUUAGUCAUAGAAGUUAUCAGCAAAAACACACUUUUUUUUUUACAAAAACUUUUUAAGCUUCACUCAACUUGUCAGCUCCUCCAAAGAGAUGUGUCCAACCGUUGCCAAUAUAGAUUGAGAUUUGAGAUAGAAAGUGGCAUAUGUGAUGAACAGGGAUGCAGUGUCCUAUGCGUUUUCUUUCGUGCAGUGAAGGAACCCUCCUUCGGGCAAACGUGUGUAUGUGUGUGAGAGAUACGUCAGGCCUCACUCACCAUAGAGCCAUGAUCAGGGGGGUUCUCACCACUUCACUUCAGGCGCGUGUGAAAGUGUUAUAAUUGAGCACUUGAUCAAACCCACGCUCUUACAAAUCCGAUGGGUGUGGACAUUCAAGCAGAAUGACAUUUACAUAACACUAAGGUAUUCUUUUGUUGUAUUACCCCUACUUUCCCUGCCUGACCUUGUUUCCAGUUCUGUGAGAUGAGAUUUGUACCUUGCCCGGCAAGGCCGAAAAAGAGCUUUACCCUAAUAAUCUCUGUAAAUACUGAGAUGAGUAUGUUUGACUGUCUGCUGUAUGAAGACUCAUUGACUCGUGGGGGUUCUGUAAGCAUUAAGGAUGCAGUACUUACACAUCCUGUUCUGUAAAUGUGCACAAUAAAAACAAUUCCCCGCAUGACAAA